GUGUGGGGGGAUUUAGAGAAAACGUUUUAAAAACUAGGGGCAAAUGCGGCACAUCCUCGUUAACUCUUCGAUGUAAACGGUAACUUUCCGUGCUUGUUCUCCUCUGUCUUCCCCCUUUGCUGCUUAAAAUCAUUCCCAAAUCCACAAAAGGAAUUAACUUUCCAUCAUCCAAAAAGGAAAUCAAAAUCCCCAUACAAAGGAAUCACAGUAACGGGUACAAAAUUCACAAGAAGAUCAGGGAGAACUAUGUCCAGAGCAGAUGAGGAAGAAAAGGAAAAGGGGAGGAUUAUUGAGGCCACUACCAAAGUGGUUGAGUACCUGGAGCCAUUGAUGUCAAGAGAGCUUCUCUGCAAAUUCCCCGACAACUCGGCCUUCGAUUUCGAUUACGCGCAGAGCUCAAUAUGGUCCCCUUUGGUCCCUCGGGCUUUCAGUCCCAUGGACUUCGAUUUGGGUUUCAUAACACCAAGGAAUCUCUCAUUCGGGAUGGAGUUGGAUAUGGAUUUGGGCAACAAAAACAAGCUCAAGAAAGUCACUUCCAACAUCAAGAAGAAGAUCAGCACUACUGCCUUCAACAUUCAUCUUAAUCUUUUGAAAAUGAAGCAUAAGAAGAAAAUGAAGGCAUCUGAGUUCUCUCCAACUCCCAUAAAGAGCACAUGUUAUCCGGCCACCACGAAGAUUUUUGGGUUAAGUUUAAGAUUCAGAACCACGAUGCUAGUUUUUAGCACAGCAAAGGUUGAAUCUUCUGGGGGAACCAUUUGACUCGCGGCAAUACAACCCCUGAAACUCCCAGAUGUGUUCAAUGAAAAUGUUGAAAUUAUAAGGGGAGAAUGUGCAACUCUAGGUCAAUCCGACAAGGAUAAACCAAUGUUUUGCAAUAUGUGCUCCCACAUUCUUCACACUCACAUUUUUCUAAAAGAGAAAAAAAGGCAAAAGCUGUUAUGUUCA